AUGGCGAUGCUCCUGGAGCCCGGGAUGCAGAGUCUCCGCAUGGGUGCCAACGGCGAGCGGUGCCCCACGCCGUCCCCUCCCGGCUCCCCGGGGACACCCCACGACAGCUGCAGCAUCGCCCCGCUGACGCCCUCCCAGUCGCCGAGGAGCGAGGCUCGCUCCCAGCAAACCGCCUCCUUCGCCGUGGUGGUGGCCAUCGACUUCGGCACCACGUCCAGCGGCUACGCCUUCAGCUUCUCCAGCGACCCCGAGGCCAUCCACAUGAUGAGGAAAUGGGAAGGAGGGGACCCAGGGGUGGCCAACCAGAAGACCCCCACCAGCCUCCUGCUGACCCCGGAGGGCGUCUUCCACAGCUUCGGCUACACCGCCAGGGACUACUACCAUGACCUGGACCCCGAGGAAGCCCGCGACUGGCUCUACUUCGAGAAGUUUAAGAUGAAGAUUCACAGCACCAGCGAUCUCACCAUGAAAACUGAACUAGAAGCUGUCAACGGGAAGAAAAUGCAAGCGCUGGAGGUGUUUGCCCACGCACUCCGCUUCUUCAAGCAGCACGCCGUGCAGGAGCUGAAGGACCAGUGCCCAUCCCUGCCGGAGAGAGAUGCCAUCCGCUGGGUGAUCACCGUGCCCGCCAUCUGGAAGCAGCCGGCCAAGCAAUUCAUGCGGGAGGCUGCCUACAAGGCCGGUCUGGUGUCCCCGGAGAACCCGGAGCAGCUGCUGAUCGCUCUGGAGCCCGAAGCCGCCUCCAUUUAUUGCAGGAAGCUUCGCCUCCACCAGCUGAUCGACCUGAGCUGCAAACCCCCGGCCAACGGGCUGGCGCCGGACCACUCCAUCGACUCCAGCUUUCGUCAGGACGACCUCCUGAAGAAGCCGGAGGUCCAAGGCAUCAAGUUUCUCUUCCUGGUGGGGGGCUUCGCGGAGUCGGCCAUGCUGCAGCACGCCGUCCAGGCGGCCUUCGGCCCCACCUGCCGCGUCAUCAUCCCCCAAGACGUGGGGCUGACCAUCCUCAAAGGGGCCGUGCUCUUCGGCCUCGACCCCACCAUCGUCCGCGUCCGCCGCUCCCCCCUGACCUACGGCGUGGGGGUGCUCAACAAGUUCGUGGAGGGGAAGCACCCGCGGGAGAAGUUGUUGGUGAAGGAGGGCAAGAACUGGUGCACCGACAUCUUCGAGAAGUUCGUCUCCGUCGACCAGUCCGUGGCGCUGGGGGAGGUGGUCCAACGCAGCUACUGCCCGGCCCGGCCGGGCCAGCGCAAGACCAUCAUCAACAUCUACUGCUGCGCCACCGACGACGUGGUCUACAUCACCGACCCCGGCGUGCGCAAGUGCGGCACCAUCAGCCUGGAGCUGGAGGCGCUGGGCGAUGCCGGCAGCCCGGCCCGCCCCGGCGUGCGCAAGUGCGGCACCAUCAGCCUGGAGCUGGAGGCGCUGGGCGAUGCCGGCAGCCCGGCCCGCGGACGACGCGAGACCCGCCCCAGCAUGCAGUUCGGGGACACGGAAAUCAAGUCCCCCGCCAUGGACAUCCGCACCUCCAAGACGGUCCGAGCCACCAUC